AUGGGAUCGGAUGGCCGGAGCUGGAACGGGGUCGCCGGCGGAGCCAGAGGUGGCGGCGAGGAGAAGACGAGGGCGGUGGCGGCUCCGGCGGCAGCGCUGGCGGAGGUGCCCACGUCGACCGCCGCGGUCGACAUCUCGCUGCCGCUGCCCGAGAUGACUCCCCGCAUCAUGCAAGUCCCAGAUCUCUGCAAGGAGCUGGUGAAGGAGUGGUCGUCCCUGGACAGCUCGUGCUUCUCAAUCUCGACGGUGUCAGGCGGCAUCACCAACAUGUUGCUGAAGGUAUCUGUCAAGGAAGGCUCUGACAGUGAGUCGUCUGUGACUGUUCGGCUGUAUGGCCCAAAUACAGACUUGGUGAUCGAUCGGGAGAGGGAAUUGCAGGCCAUACCAUAUCUCUCAGCUGCAAGGUUCGGGGCUCGGUUACUUGGAGUAUUUGAGAAUGGAGUGGUUUCGUCAUUCAUCCAUGCUAGGACACUAUCACCUUCAGACAUGAAGGAGCCUAGAAUUGCUGCUGAAAUUGCUAAGCAGCUACAGAAAUUUCAUCAAGUAGAUAUACCGGGAUCAAAAGAACCACAGUUGUGGAAUGACAUAUUCAAGUUUUUGAGAAAAGCUUCUGUAUUGAAGUUUGAAGAUAAUGAGAAGCAGAAGAGGUAUGAGACGAUCUCUUUUAGAGAAAUACAAGAUGAAGUUAAAGAACUUAAGGAUCUCUCCGAUCUUUUGCAUGCUCCUGUUGUGUUUGCACACAAUGACUUGCUAUCGGGUAAUCUGAUGCUGAAUGAUUUGGAAGAGAAACUAUAUUUCAUUGAUUUUGAGUAUGGGUCAUAUAGCUACCGUGGCUUUGACAUCGCGAAUCAUUUCAAUGAGUACGCAGGCUUUGAGUGUGACUACAACUUGUACCCAGAUAAAGAUGUACAAUACCAUUUCUUCAGGAAUUAUCUAUCUGAUAGACCAAGUGAGGUCCAAGAGCAGGAUCUGGAUGCCCUUUAUACUGAAACAAACACUUUCAGGUUAGCAUCACACCUCUACUGGGCAUUGUGGGCACUCAUUCAGGCAAGGGUAUCCCCAAUCGAUUUCGAUUACCUUGGAUACUUCUUCCUACGGUACGGCGAAUACAAGAAACAGCGAGAGUUCUGUUUCUCCUUGGCGCAAGGCUUCCUUUCUUCCCUGAGGAGUGGCUAG